GUACAAAGGCACGCGCGCUACCAGCCGUGUCGGUGUGUGUUUGAACCACGUGUCUGCUUUUGACACGCUGCAAGGUUAGGCUGUUGGGACGCUUCUUCGGAGGAAGCUCGAGCAUUCCAGAACUGCAACCCGAGACGAAGGGCAUGGACACGUCGCUAGGAACCAGAAGGAGCUUGGAUAGUGACCAAAACUCCAUGAGGAGCAGCAACAGCAGCCUUUGUAGCUGUGAAGCUAACCCUUCAACAACGACAUCACCAGCAGUUGUGGCAGCAUCUGGAAGCGCGACUGCUGCCGUGGCUGUAGCGGCCGACGCGCAGAGCACCUGCAGCAGCAGUAGCAGCGGUGAAGGGCAGCCGCUGUGCCGCAUUUGUCUCCUCGGCGAUGACAAGCAGCCUCUUUUGGAGCCCUGCAACUGCAGAGGGAGUAUUGGUUCAGUGCAUCAGGAAUGCUUAGAACGGUGGAUCUCUCGUACUGCCAAUGGAAAGUGUCAGAUUUGCCAGUUCCAGUUCAAGGUGCAGAGAAGGUCCCUGCCCGUACGCUUGCUGUUCAAGGACCCCGUUGCUCGCCGAGGAGUGCUCAUCUAUCUAGGUCUGGGCGCAGUGUUCUCUCUGAGCAUUGCCUUCAUUUUCUCCCUGGCCUGGUUGUACGCGCUACGGUUGGCAUCCUGCUUGGGGGACCGUGCUGCUGCCCUUUUGGUGAUCCUGUUGGCACUACAGAACGUAGUUUGGCAUUACUUCCCUUUUCUUUGCUUCACGUAUGCUUUUGAAGCCAUCAAGAAAUGGCGCCGUGAGAACACCGUGCUUCGUGUGAUCCUCGACCCUCCGGACCAUCCUACUGCCACAGGUGCAGGGCCGCAGAAUACCGUCCAGGUCUGCGUCUCCUAGAAGUAGUUCCACGGGAUCUGCCAAGAGUGAUCUUUGGAUGUCCUUUUAUCCGUACCCUUGUUAGGUCAUUUGUUUUAAGUGUCACGGUUGGUGUUUUUUUAUGGGACCCGUGUCCCGUCUGGUUUCUGGGUGUUGUUACUGUUGUUGGUUAUGUGAAGUAAAGUAUGUUCGAUUUUC